CCUUAGCUGUGGUUCUUGCCUGAACGAACCCACACACACACAAACUCUACCCCACAACUUCUAAUAAUUCAUUUUCCCAACCUUAUAAACCACCUCAAUUGUUUGGCUUCAUUCAUAUAUGUACUUUUGAUAUAUAGUUUUAAGUUUAAAAUUAUAAAUCUCAAGAAAUUUGGAGCCUGCGAAAUAUGGAGAAUAGGUGCUUCACAACCAGCUUCUUUCUCUUUCUUGUCCUCCUUCUCCCUUACUGCUCAAGAGGGGAAUCAGAACCAAUAUUGCAUUCAGAGGUAUAUGAGAUUGAUUAUAAAGGUCCUGAGACACACUCGUCCGUUCCUCCUCCUCAUCAUAAUCCUCGUUUAUUUCCACGAAAAAGCUUAGUCAGAUCAGGGAAAGCUUCGGGUAGUUUAAUGGGUGGUACUGCUACUCGCGCAACAAAUAAGGUUAAGAAAGUCCAUGGAUAAGGGGAAGCUCUUAAAAUAUAAUGGACUUGUACUUCUUGCUCUCGUAAAGAAAUACUUCUGUUGUAGAAUGUAUAAUGAAUGAAGAGCUGGGAUAUUGUUACUUUCAUGGUUUGCCUAUAAUUGUUUUUUUUUAUAGUAUAUGGUUUACCUAUAAUUGAAAGUGAAUUUAAAAGAUUGUUAUUUCUA